AUGGGGCUAAUCGAUCGGUCAAUUAUAACUUUCAUUCGAUUUCUUCCUGUAUAUUUCUUGCAACAGAUCCGUACCGUGUACAUCUACGGUCAGCCGAUCAUCUCGCUGUAUGUAGAAAAUCAAGAACGGCUCUGUCUGGCGCAAAUCUCGAGCACGCUGCUCAAGGACUUCAGCUACAAUGAAAUCCAUAACCGACGGGUCGCACUGGGAAUCACCUGCAUCCAGUGUACCCCGGUUCAGUUGGAGAUACUGCGGCGGGCUGGUGCAAUGCCCGCCUCAUCCCGCCGAUGCGGGAUGAUAACCCGCCGUGAGGCGGAACGACUCUGCAAAUCGUUCUUCGGAGAAUGUAACCAACCGGCUCUGCCAGAAGGAUUCGUCUUCAACGUAUAUCACGAGUGCGCUUGGGGUUGCACCGGUGCAUUCGCCCCGGCUCGCUACAACAGUUCCCGAGCCAAGUGCAUCAAAUGCGCCUACUGUAAUCUAUUCUUUUCGCCGAAUAAAUUUAUCUUCCAUUCGCAUCGGCUGACGCCGCACGACAAGUACAUUCAACCGGACGCGGCCAAUUUCAACUCCUGGAGACGUCAUCUGAAGUUGCAAGGUUCUCCGCCGGAUAAAAUUAUUUACGCAUGGGAAGAUGUCAAGGCCAUGUUCAACGGAGGCACCCGGAAGCGCUACAUCCUAUCAACGGCAAGAAAAUUCAGUGCUGCGGCUGCCGCAGCCGAAAAAUCCCAGGCGCUGCUCGACCUUGGCAAAGAACCCGUAACAUCCACAAUCUGCGAUCUGUCCAGUACUUCGGUAAUCACCAAGAAGGAAGCCAGUGAACCGAUGGAGUCCAGUUUCAACAGUGACAGCUGCAGCAGCAGCACCAGUCCUUUUGCACACAUCCCCCAUUUGUUGUCCCAGUCAACAACGAUGGGCAGCAGUACUACGAUGGGCGGAAACAUGGGAUCACCCCGAAUCGUCGGUACUCCACCGACCCCAACGGCGGUCGUUGCGGCCAGCUCAGCGGCAGCCGCAGCCAAUUUCGGUUUCAAGCUAUCCUGUCUGCAACCGUUCUCGUUCAACGGAAUCGGCCCGUUCCCCGGGAUGGUUCCCAGUUCCAGCUAUCUGGUCCCGUUGCUGCGACCCACCAAUCCGAAGAGCAUUUCGGCGGCGGCCCUGUCCGCGUUCAAGCCCGUUGUGAAGGUUAAGAAGAGGUACUUGCGAUGGUGGUGAUGUUUUCGGCCUUUGGCUUCACGGUGAUCACGAACGUAACGCGUAAGGCGCGGCGCAUCUCGCAUACUUGGUCUUACGGUCCGUACCGGAUCCAGCGACAAAAUUAGACUCUUAAAUGUACCUACCCGACGAAUGAUAGACAGACAAAGAAAAACAGGGUCGAUGAAUGUUAAUAGUGAAUGUAACUUGCGAUAUGGAGUUACACAACAGGCAAUAUUGAAAUAGAAU